AGAACUGUCUAAAUCAGCGCAUGCGCAAUUCAUCCUCAGCCUGCCUCCGUAAGGGUGUCGAUUCUCAAGCUGGAACAUUGGAGAAAAAAAAGAUACUGUAUUUUACACACAAAACAGGCAAAAACAAACGGAUGUGCUUCAGAAAACGAAACGGCUACCGCCCUCCAGAUCAUUUUAAUGCCAAAAUUAGGAACGAAAGUCAUAGAGGUUUGGAACAACAUGAGGCUCCCCUUCCUCCUCUCUCCUUCACAGAGUUAAAAGGGAAGUAGGAGAUUUUGGUCAUAGCAGACUCAGCAGUGCCUUUAGUUCCCUACGUAGUCACAAGCCCUUCUACAGAAGAUAUAGUAGAGGUUAGCUGACAGUCCAGAGAUAUUAUCUACCCCCAAAACCUGAAACCAUGAGAGGUCCGCGGCCAGCGGGGGGAUGACAUGCAUGUGUCCAGGCAUUUAACAUCAUUGAGGAUUUUAAGACUAGUAGGCUGCCCUCCGCCAAGCCAUGAUGGACAUUCUGUACACAGGCCCUGUCCCGGCAGACCGCGAGUCUCCGAUGACGCGGAGCGAGACGUCCCCCAGCCGCGCCCAGCAUCCCUCCCCCACACAGAAACCCAACACCUGCUGCUUCUGCUGGUGCUGCUGCUGUAGCUGCUCAUGUCUCACUGUUAGGAGUGAAGAUGACAAGCGUGGGCGGAGGAAAGCCCAGGAGACAAAGCUGGAGCCCUUUCCAUGUGAAACUUGCCCCAAACCGACGAUGGAGGAGAUUAAACAGUGGGCGCAGUCUUUCGAUAAGCUGAUGAAGAACCCGGCGGGGCGGAACAAGUUCCGUGAGUUCCUGCGGACGGAGUACAGCGAGGAGAACAUGCUCUUCUGGCUGGCCUGCGAAGACCUGAAGAAGGAGAUCAACAAGAGUGCCAUCGAGGAGAAGACGCGAUUGAUCUAUGAAGACUACAUCUCGAUCCUCUCGCCCAAAGAGGUGAGUCUGGACUCUCGCGUCAGGGAAGUGAUCAACAGGAGGAUGCAGGAUCCCACCCCUCACAUAUUUGAGGAUGCACAGCUGCAGAUCUACACCCUCAUGCACAGAGACUCCUACCCACGAUUCCUCAACUCCUCCGUCUACAGAUCACUGGUGCAGGGGGGGUCGCGCUCCUCGUCUGAGUCAUAGAACCCCGACCCCCUCAUCUUUCUCUCGUUCUCUCCAUCCCAUUUCUCUCCAUCUCACUCAUUGCACAACCACUCGAGGAGAAAGUACUCCUUUUUUGUGUCGUCACGAUUGGAUUAUCGUUUUUGUUUUUGCUUAGUCCAUGUUCCUCUCUCAUUUUUGAGGGAAUCCCUCAUUUCUUCUGAACCUGCACAGACUGAAACUGGAAGACACAGGGUUGAAAAUGCAGUUUUCAUUUGUCCAAUCCUUUUUUUUGCCCUCGUUCCAGCAUCAACUACUGAUUUUCGCAGCCAUUUUUUUUCACGCAAACAUGCUUCGCUACUUGUAUCUCCUGACGUCUCUAGUUGAAGAGAGCUGAGAGGGCCUCUGCAAUAACAUACACUGGAGUGGCCUGACCAAUCUGAUCCUCUCUCCUCACCCCGACCUGUCCACUGUCUCUGUGCUCUGAUUGGCUCUUUGAGGCGAGAAGUCGAGAGGUGAUUGGCGGCAUUGUAAAAGAGAGGGACAGCACUUUUUUGGUGCUAAACAAAUAGGUACCACACACUAUUUUGAAUGCAAAUCAAUUUUCAGGCCCAGGCGGAAUCUGCGGACCUUUCCGGAUUUUCUGCACUGAUUUUAAGGGAAAAUCUAUGGAAUGAAUUUAAAUAAAAAAAAUAAAAUAAAACGUGUACUGAACUCAUACUGGUAGCUGAAAAGCUUUAUCAACUCAGCCAAAAUAUUUAAUAAACAUAAAAUUGGGGUGCAUAGAAUUUUGUAAAUGUUAAGUUUUAGAUUUCUGUGUAUACAGAUUUCGUUUGGGCCUGUUGAUUCCAAACAACAGAUAUCAACAACAUAGGAGAGAGAGGAGGACCACCAAUUUUAGAGAUAUUAAAUAAAACAAACAUGAGAGAGUUGAGAGAAUGCCAUGGUCUUAAUUAGACUGGUCACUCACAUUUUAAAAAUUAGUUUUGUAAUGUUAUUUAUUUUUUAUUUUGUUAAACUGUGACCUGAUUUGUUUUUCUUGUACAAAUAUUAAAGAAAAUCUGGAACAUAUGCGACAUAAAGAGCAAACUGUUAGUCCUGAGUGCUCAAUCGCGCUGUAUCUCUCUCUCUCUCUCUCUCUCUCUCUCUGUCCUGGCUGUGUGUUUGAGCGCAUGAAUGUUUCUGAGGUUGUAUGGUGUGAAAAUCACAAGUCUCUCUGGCGCCUCCUGUAGGCUGUUUCAGGUACUGCAGUUAUGCGAGCUGUUUCUCAAUGUUCAUGCUUUUUCUUUAGUCAGAAAGGCAAAAGCAAAUGCUCUUAGUCAACAUAAAAUCAAAAAUAACUAUAUUUAACUACUUUGAUCAGUGCACGUCAUUCUUUGUAAAAUGUAAAAACUUCUAAAAGCCUCUGAAACAACUUUCUAAAAUUGUCUAAAUGGCAAAAUUAAAUGUAUUAAUUUAAUCCCCAAUUUAUGUUGUUGUACUAAACGUUACAGCAAUAAUAGCCAAUAACCACACAUUUGAAUUUAUGCGUUACCACUGAAAAUCAUUUUAACAUCUUGCUUUUUGCCUUGUCACGUCAUCACAAUGUUUUUCUGUUUUUCACACAAUGUACGUGUUAAGGAGAAUAUCUCUUAUUUGUCAGAAUAAGAAAAAGUAUUUUAUAGUAUUGUACAGGAACCUUUAAAAAAAAAAAAAAAAGAAGCCAUUAGCUGCUGUAAAAUCCAUUUUAAAGUCCUCUCGAGCACACAUUGAUUUCACCGGUCCAGUACACUUCAUUUAUUCACGUAUAAUGCUCAGUGUUACGUCUGCACUCGUGCUAAAACUCAUUUCCUUUACAGAUGCCUUCAACAGCCUCUGAACCCACUUGAUAUUAAGAAAAUAGUAGGAAUAUCGGAGAGUAACCGGUUUGAUUGAUGUUAACACUGUGAGCUGUGAUACCACUCCAUAUUUAUGGAUCACUAAAUAUUUCAUAAUGUGAAUCUGAAACCAACCAGUACUGUGUGAAUGGGUCCACAAUAAGAGUUUUGUUUUUUAUAUCAGCACUGAUCUGGAAAUCUGGUGUUCAUAUUUCCCCUAAACAUUCUUCUUCCUUAAGCAGUCCUUCCUUAAGUCUUAAUAUCAGAUCUUUCAUUUCACAUUGAAAUGAGGUAAAUCAUCCACAUCCGCCUGGUACUUUCAGGAUUUGCUUCUUUGUAAAUAUAUACGUAUAGCAAAUAAAUGUAUAUUGAAUUAAGGACUCUAA